GACAUGCGUCGCGCAGACGCUCCGGGUCACCAGAGCCAAAUGGAGUUUGGAAUUUUGCCUGCCCGGCAGCCCGGGAUGGGAUGGCCUCUCCCCUAUCCCCUACUCACCAGCUUCUCUGAGCCACGUCCUUUUUUCCCCUUUGCUCCUGGCUCCGGAAGACCUCUGCGAAGGGACCGGGUUCUGAGGCUCAGCAAGAGAGGAGACUGGGUACGGUGGUGGCAGGUACACUCGCCAGAGUCCCCACCCUGCCCUGGGGGAUGGUGGUGGAGGGGUGCGGAACAGCCGACCUAGUCCCCACUAAGCCCCCAGGAUCCCUCGGGGACAUCGCACGCAUGGUGGGUGGCCGGGGGGGGGGGGGAAGACAUGCCGCGUGCAAAACUUUGGGUCCUCCAGCGGCGACUGCGGGAAAGGCCAUCGUUACUUCUGUCCGGGGCCGUUGCAGUUAUGGGGUUGCUGGCUGGACAGGGCGGUGGUGCGCAGCUUCCAGGCUCGAGGCGACCCUGCCCGGCUGAACCCGCGCAGCUCCGGGCCUCUCUGCACCGCUCUGCUCCGCCAGCCCGACUGCGCGCUCUCCCCGGCCCCGCGCACUUCGCGCCUCUCUGGCGCUCCCAGCGGCCACGCGCAGCACAGCAGGGCCGGGUAGGGCCGAGCGCGCCCCGCCUCCUGCCUCCUCCGCCGCCCUCCUCCCCCUCGCAGAGCACUCAAUGUCGGAACGUUCCGAAGAUGACGUCGGAGCGUUCUCGAAUCCCGUGUCUCUCGGCUGCUGCUGCCGAAGGAACAGGGAAAAAGCAACAAGAAGGAACAGCAAUGGCGACACUGCACCGCAAAGUGCCCAGUCCGGAGGCGUUUCUGGGCAAACCCUGGUCCUCCUGGAUCGACGCCGCCAAAUUACACUGCUCCGACAAUGUAGAUUUAGAAGAGGCUGGAAAAGAGGGUGGCAAAAGCAGGGAGGUUAUGAGGCUUAAUAAAGAAGAUAUGCACUUGUUCGGCCACUAUCCGGCACACGAUGACUUCUACCUGGUCGUCUGCAGCGCCUGCAAUCAGGUCAUCAAGCCGCAGGUCUUCCAGUCUCACUGCGAGAGAAGACACAGUUCAAUGUGCAGGCCUUCUCCCUCUCCGGCGUCUCCAGCCUCCAAUGCCCGGACAUCAUUAGCACAGGCAAAGACGAAAGCCUGUCUCAGCGGCCAUAACGCUGUCAGCAGCACCUCUAAGCCAUUUAAAACGCCCAAAGACAAUCUACUUACCUCCAGCAGCAAACAGCACACAGUCUUCUCUGCAAAGGGGCCAAGGGAUAAACCAUGCGUUCCAGUUCCGGUAGUCAGUUUAGAGAAAAUUCCUAACCUAGUGAAGGCGGAUGGUGCCAAUGUCAAAAUGAACCCUACAACCACGACUGCAGCCACUUCCUCCUCUGCUGUCUCCACCCCACCAUUAAUUAAGCCCGCCUUGAUGUCCAAGCCGGUGCCACCGUCACCAGAGAAGAUCUUAAACGGCAAGGCUGUUCUCUCGGCCGCCAUAGACAAGAAGCACCCAAACGGCGCCAAAACCAGCAACAAGCCUUACCGGAGACUCUCAGAGAGAGAAUUUGACCCAAAUAAACACUGUGGAGUAUUGGAUCCCGAGACAAAGAAACCUUGCACAAGAUCCCUCACCUGCAAGACCCACUCGCUGAGCCACCGCAGAGCGGUCCCAGGCCGGAAAAAGCAAUUUGACCUCCUCUUGGCGGAACACAAAGCCAAGUCGCGGGAGAAAGAAGUGAAAGAGCACCUCCUGACUUCCGCUAGGGAAAUACUUCCAAACCCGCCGCCGCCAGGACCAGUGCCCGACUUUCUGCAAGGGUCUUCUGGGAGCUCGGUGCCAGAGCCCAAAGUACCAUCCCCACCAAAAGCCAGGCCGCUCAACUCUGUACUUCCUAGGAAACUGCCAUUGGCCCACCCUUCCCGGCAUCGUGGGAGGACCGCUUUUUGGUGGCAUGGAAUCAGUGGCUCUGAUUUCCUCAAGAAAACCCAUGUCUUCUUCCCUCCUGCCCUUAGACCGUCAUCUGCAAACAGCAUAAGCAGCAGUACAUCUUCGAAUCAGAGCGCCUACACCCCAGAGCUCCCUCUGCCCCCAGCUGGAGGUGACCUUGCCAGCCGACUGUCCAGUGAUGAAGGGGAGAUGGACGGAGCCGAGGAGUCCGAGAAGUUAGACUGUCAGUUCUCUGCGCACCACCCCAGACCUCUCGCGUUCUGCUCUUUCGGGAGUCGCCUCAUGGGACGAGGGUUCUAUGUGUUUGAUAGAAGAUGGGACCGGUUUCGUUUUGCACUAAACUCCAUGGUAGAGAAACACUUGAAUUCACAGAUGUGGAAGCACAGAAGCCCGAGCCACAGGGCAUCAGGUCCCUCCCCUCUGUUCAGGACUUGCCUAACCAAUCUGCUGUCACUGAGCAACAUUGGGGCUGCCUGGGUGUCAACCCUGGAGAGCGUAGCACCCCGCUGCCCUCUCAGCCUCGGGGCCCAAACUCCAGGCCCUGAUGGGCCCGAACCUGGAGGGAUGGCAGCCGAUGGGGGCAUGGAAGACAUUAGGAAGAAAAGGAACGGCCAAGACUCUUUUUUCUUUAACAAGCAUUUAACUCUGCAUCAGGAGACGCCAACACAGUAUUCUCUUUCAGCCAGGAAGAUCCCUCCUGCGGCAGAUAGCCCCAUGCCCUCGCCAGCAGCCCACAUCACCACCCCUGUGCCAGCAUCCGUUUUGCAGCCUUUCAGCAACCCCGGUGCUGUGUAUCUUCCUUCAGCUCCCAUCAGCUCGAGACUCACCUCUUCUUACAUAAUGACAUCUGCCAUGCUCUCAGACGCGGCUUUUGUGGCAUCGCCGGACCCACGCGUCCUCAUGUCCCACACCACAGCUUUUCCCCAUGUGGCUGCAACCCUCAGCAUCAUGGACUCAACCUUCAAGGCCCCCUCCGCCGUGUCCCCGAUACCAGCUGUCAUUCCUUCCCCGUCCCACAAGCCAUCCAAAACCAAAACCAGCAAAUCCUCAAAAGUCAAAGACCUGUCAGCUCGUAGCGACGAAUCUCCAAGUAACAAAAAGAGGAAGCCGCAGUCUUCGACUUCCUCCUCCUCCUCCUCCUCCUCCUCCUCCCUCUCCUUGCAGGCUUCCUUCUCAUCCCCAUUGCCAGGGCCCCACAGAAAGAACUGUGUGUUGAACGCCAGUUCCUCCUUGAACUCCUAUCAGGCAGCCCCUCCCUACAACAGUCUGUCUGUGUACAACACAAACAACGGGGUGAGCCCACUCAGUGCCAAGCUGGAGCCCUCAGGACGGACCUCACUGCCCAGCAGCCCCAUGGACAUAGUGAGACAGGUGGGCGCUGUGGGUGGCAGCAGUGGCCCCUGUCCCCUCUCUGUGUCCUCCCUUGCGCUCCACGCGGGGGACCUCUCUCUGGCCUCACACAACGCCGUGUCUUCUCUGCCCCUCUCUUUUGACAAAUCAGAAGGAAAAAAGCGUAAGAAUUCAAGCCCUAGUAGCAAAGCCUGUAAGAUCAGUAAAAUGCCUGGUAUGAAUAGUGUCCACAAAAAGAACCCACCCAGCCUUCUUGCACCGGUGCCCGAUCCCGUUAACAGCACCUCCUCUCGGCAGGUUGGAAAAAAUAGCAGCCUAGCUUUGUCCCAAUCCAGCCCUUCAAGCCUAUCCAGCCCAGGACACAGCCGUCAGAAGAACACAAGCAGAAUGGGCAGGAUAAGGACUCUUCCCUAACAAGAUGGUGAAGCCACUUCAAGCCAGUCCCGGAGGACAUCCUCCCCAGGAGACUAAAUCAGGAAUAGGGAGGUCUGUGGGGGGAGUGUUUCCUCGACGCUGCUUGUGGCUCUGGCCUUUCUUCUUCUAAUUCUUUUUUUUUAACAUGGAUUUUUAGUAGGAAGAAGGAAAGAAAGAAAGAAAGAAAAAAAGAAAGAAAGAAAGGAAGGAAGGAAGGAAGAAAGAGAAAGAAAGAAAGAAAGAAAGGAAGAAAAUAAGGCAAAAGAGCUUGAAUUUGAGAUUUACAGAAAACAGUGUUUUCUCUGUUUAUCGUUUGUCAUGUCUUAUACAUUCUUCCACAUUCGGGGUUACUCCCCUUCCUCCUGAUGCUGCUAGUGCACCGUCAUUUUGCUCCUGAGCACAGAGGUGCAAACUGUCGGUUCCGGUUCCGGUUCCGGGUUCCGGUUCCAGGUUGGCACCCACGGAAGCUCUUGAACUUUCAGCGCUUGCAGAGCUGACGCUCUCCCGAGUCCUUUCCCACCCUGCCCUUCCUUUCCACCUCUGGGUCACUGUGCUCCAGUGGCCAUCAGAAGCUGCUAGCUCCCACCCACCGGCAGCCCUGGACCACACGCUGGGGAGGAGCCUGCGCUUGGAGUUGCACUGUGGGGUGGGAGUGGACCUUCUACAGCUCUCCUUGUCCAGAGCCAAUUGCCAGCCACUAAAGUGAGGUCAGUGGCCCUUUCAUGGUGUGGCUUACUCAAUGCCAAGGCCCAGCUGUGCAGAAAAGACUCACCGGGUCAGGUACAGGGGUAGAAGGGUAGGAGGGACCUGAGAUGGUGGGAACCCAAAGAUUGUGAUGGUCAGAGCUUGUCUGGAAUAUACUCUGAAGAGUCCGUUCCAAGCAGGGCACAAUGCACACUUUCCUAAAGCUGGGUCAGCCAGAGACAGAAAGCCCACAGGACCUAGGGAAGUCACUUCAUAAGGUGGCACUGUGACCAUAGCUCCAGAAAAUUCUUGAGAUAUCAGGAAGGUUCUGGGGCCAGGAAGGGUCCUCCAGAGACAAGUCUGGUUGCGUGGAGGUUUUGUGCCAAACUCCUAGUGGGAAUAAGAACUAUCACUGGUUGCAAACCCACACCCUAGAUAAGCUUGCCCUCCAUCCUCAGGUGCUCCAACUCAGACAGACCAGCUAGAGAUAGAGAAGAGGCAUGGUCAGGGAGGCACUGGAGCACCACGGCUAUUAAGCCCUUCAUGUUGGAGUCUUGAAAGAAACAGCAGUACCAUAAAGCUCCAAUGGGGAAUGAGAAAGAGAGUUCAGUACACGGAACAGGUGCUCCAGCUCUGAUCUGCCAGACGCCUGCCCGUGCCAUCCUGAAAUUCAGGAUGCUAGUUUCACAGCUGGGCACACCCCUGUCCCUCCCCAAAGAUGCCCUUCCCAUUCCUCUUCUCCCAACCCAAAGAUCAGACUACUGUUAAGUCUCACCAGAGUUGGAAUCUGCAAAGACGGGAGGAGAAAGAAGUGAUGUCCGCCACUGGACUUGCACUGACAGUGUUUCUUACAGGAUUCUUAAAUUUUUAAAUAGAAAAUGAAGAUUUUUUUUUUUAAGUCGGGAGUUGACAUUAAGCACCAGGACAUUGGUUGGGUUAUUUCGCUUUUCUUUCUCCAGUGUUAAAAGUGCACUUAUAUGCUGGU